AUGCGUGACUCGGAACUAAUCUAUCGACGCCGGCUUUAUCCCGCCAUUUUGGCAUUGUAGUUUCCGGUUGACAAAUUAUGCACGAUUUUGUGAUAUUUUAGCGUGGACUCAGUGUUUCUCGUGUUUUUUACACCAAAAUGGAUUGGCAAUUAACCUGUCGAGUAUGUUUGGAAACUGGCGAUAUGGUAUCUUUAUUCGAUUGGGAUGAAAAUAACGAACAACUCGGUGACAAGUACACUUACUGCUGUGGCGUGGAGGUGACGAAAAAUGAUUCUUUGCCCACGCUUAUCUGUCUGAACUGCGUGGACCGUUUAACAUUCGCGUUUCAGUUCAAACAGCAGUGUUUGUCGUCGAACGACACUUUGAAAGAAUGUCUGGAGGAGUUUACAAGGAGCUCUGCCGCUGUGACGGCUUCUUCGUCCAAGAAAACCGUAACAGAAACGGAAACGAUAAGCAUAAAGCAAGAAAACGGUCUGCUGUUGCAAUAUGAGCUGCCUGUGGAGCAUGACCCUCAGAUCCAGUGGACGCGGACAGUUACAAAGACUCCUAACAAUGCUGUGGUGACUAAGGCUCCCAAGGCAAGGGGCAGGGGACGGCCGAGGAAGUAUCCUAACAACCAGGGUCAGAUUGAGAUAUCUCCAUACCAACGCAAGAAGCAGAAGGAACCUCAGAAAGAGCAGGAGUCCCUCACAUCACUGCUGGCUUCUGGCUCCCUUGACCUCAAGCAGGAGCCUGGGGAAGAUGAGGAACCAUUUGACAGUGCUGACUUUGCUGGAGGUGAUGAUCCUGAUUUUGAACCUGAUGAGGAAGCAGAUUCCGACGGAGGCCUUAAAAAAGCGGUCACAACACCACGUAAGCGGGGUCGGCCGCGCAAGGUGGUGGCAGAGAAAUCUGAAGAAGGUGACGACGGCGAAGAUAUGUUGCUGAAAGAGACCAUCAUGGCCUUCUCAGAGCCCAUCCCGGACCAUAUCCUCAACCCCAAGCCGCGGCAAAAGUAUACCACCAAGAAGCGAUAUGUCUAUGAGAAAACGCACACUUGCGAGACUUGCGGGUCCUCGUUCACGUCCAACGCGUCGUUGCAGGCGCACAUUCGACGCCAUUUGGGCAUCAAACCGUUUGUCUGCAGCGUAUGUGGCUACUCGUGCGUGAUGAAAGAAGCACUUAAGCGGCACAUGCUUCGGCACACCGGUGAGCGGCCUUACAAGUGCCGCAUAUGCGACCGGCGCUUCGGAGACUUCGGCACUAGGCAGAAACACGAGAGGUUGCACAUGGGCGUCCGUCCCUACCAAUGCUCGCUGUGCGGCAAGGCGUUCACCUACUCAUACGUGCUGGCUAACCAUAUGCUAACACAUACCGGCGAGAAGAAAUAUUCAUGCGAACCAUGCAACAAGAAGUUCACAAAAGCCCACCACCUCAAAUAUCACAACAAGGUGCACCACCAGGAACUCUACAUCCAGCAACAGCUCGAGCUGGAAGCCAAGAAGAUCAGACAGCAGAUCAACGUGUCCGGUCUAACUGGCGUUCUUUCCGGACAGAUUGUGGAUGGAACGUUGCAGCUCAUACAGACUCAAGAGGAAGAUGGAGAUCAGGAGCUACAAAUGCACGUGGUGGAGGAGGAGGAGGAGGAGGAGGCCGAGAACGAAGACAGCGAGGCCAAGGAGACCGACCGGGCCGUCGCGGGCAUGCAAGCGGUCGUGUUAGACAGCGAAUUCUCUAUGGAAGAAGACGACAAGACACAAUAAAGUAAUAAAUCUUAGAAUCACAGUAAUGUUAAAUAAUCUGUUAGUUAGACAUAGUAAAAGUAAAGCUCCGAAGCUCCGUCGUAUAUACGAAACCAUCAUGUUGUUGCCAAUUAUUUUCAUUGGAUCUAAUUGAAUCGCCUCACAUGUUGGCCACCACAGACUAAACACAGACAAAUCAAAAUUCAGAGGUGGAUUGUCUAGCUCUGAUAACUUUAGAUCAGGCGUCCUAGCCAAAAUCACAAUCUUUGAUACAAAACGCCAAUCGAAACUUACAUAAUGUACUGCCGUACAGAAAGGGCAUUUCCUAAUAAACCGAAGUUUCAAGGAUUCAGGGACGCAUCAUGCUGUCCCUUUCUAAUGUAUGGCACUAUCCCUUUCGGCUAUUUAGGGUUGUCAAAAUUCAAGUCAUUAUCUUAUCCGUGGUUGUGCACGCAAAGGGACGUCAAGUUGUGUCAACCCUAAUAAUUGCUCGGAGCAAUGCUGAGCCGAACGGAGCCGAGAAUGCCCGAAAGGAGGAGUGUCCCCACUCCCCCCCACUGAUAAUGUAUGGAAAUGGUCACGUGACGUUUUGUAGCAUCUGUCCUGAUACAAUUUUGAUAUUCGUUUGGAGUAUGUCGAUGUACGACUGUUAUCUUGGCUAUCUGUAAAAAAGUUUUAAUUUUUAACCAAAUUGUCUAUGACAAAAAAAAAGUCUACUCUGGCAAACCCACUUUGUCAGUAGAAAAAGGCGCGAAAUUAAAAUUUUGCUUCUUCUUCUUCUUCUUUUAAAAUUAUGGCUUCAGCCCAGUGGGACUAUUUCGCCAGUAUCAAGGUAUUGAGAGGUUUACAAACGACAAAAAUUGUACGGUUGUACAAGACAGUGUACGGUGAUUUGUUAGCUCUUGUAAAUCGAUAGCUAGUCUUUACAAGAAGCACGUGGACUACCGGCCGUUGACUCCAAGAUGGUGGUUAAACGCGCUUCAAAAUUAAUUCUCCAUUCACUGCACACUACCACAUUAGUUUACUGUAUAAUAAGCUAUCGAUAUUACACUUUAAACAAUAUUAAUAAGCAAAAAACAAAGUAAUUAAUCACGAUGCUAACUAUCAAGAUGGCGCUCGAACCGGAAGUCCUAAAAUUUUGCUAUGGGAUUACAAUCUUUCGCGCCGACUUUUUUUUAAAUUUGCCGCCUUUUGCGGUAAUCUGUCAGUUAGAACCAAAUAAAUUCAGAUCGAAUUGUCUAUGAAAAAUAAUUGUCAUAUAGCACGUAUUACCGAGGCUGGGAAGACUAUAACGGGCUUUAUAACGAAGUAGCGCGACUUGCGGUAAGAUGUACAGUCACCGUCAGAUAUAUCGGAGCGGCCGAGGAGCUCAAAAAUAUCUGAACACGCACUCUUAACGCCUUGACAAUAAAGGUGUGUACAGAUAUUUAUGAGCACAUUGGCCGCUCCGGUAAUUCCGGUAUAUCUGAUGGAGACUGUACUUGUCGUGCGGUUUGUGAUUGUCGUUUAUGCCGUUUGAACAUGACAAAUGGUAUAUAAAUAUUCCGGUUAGUUCCUUGUGGGAGCAAAUGGUAUUUUAAAAUAAAUAUAUAAAUAAUGGUAAACGUAAACCCAUUUGUUUACACUUUUAGUAUUAGUUUCUUCUGUAGUAAAUAUUUUAUAAUGUAAUGAAAAAAUAUGUAAUAAUUGACAAACAUGACAUUUAAUUACAUUUGUAAAUAUGUAUUCCAUUGCCUUUUAUCACUUUUAUUGUCAUACUUUUAUUUUAUGAAAUAAGUAAAUACCUAAAAUUAGGUAUGUUAUGUAUUGACGUAGUUUAAUUAGUAAACAAGUUAUUUUAUUGUAUAUUGUCGGUUACUGUUAUCUGUCUGUAACUUUUAAAUAAUACAAUCAUGGAAGAAA